CGUGUGUUGGCGAAGAAGGAAGACUCGGAAGGGAGGAACAAGGAAGCGUGCAACAGGAAGCUGUAUCAACAAUGGCUGAAAAUGUUUUCAUGUCGUACGUUUCCGCUUCGAUGGAAGGCAACACGAUGAUUUCACAUGCCGGCUGUUCCGGCAUCUUGAUCGCAAGGGAUUGCGUCCUUGCACACGGUUCCAUACUAGAUCCCGUUUUAUCCCGAUCUGCAGAUUCCCUUCGCUUCUUUACAGCCUUAAACUCUGGAGACUUGGUUCGAACGCCAGACGGGCUGAUCGAUGAUUUAACGUUUCAAAUACGUCGUAGCCAUUCUUCGUUCAAGGAUGAAUCGGCAAAGUUGGUUGCUGUUUGGAGAUGUCCUCUUCUGAAGGAGACGCUAGACGUCUCUUUGGCAAGUUUCACCUUCAACAACCAACGUGGCUUCAACCGUCUUUUGUUAUCUGUCUUCUUGGUAAUUAAAUUCAGCAACUCGCUGGAAACUAGCACCGAGCAGACGAAAGCUCGUGAAAAGAACACAUUCGCGCAAGAUGACCGCUCGUCGGAACGGAGGAAAAUUGAACAAAUUUUGUCUCAACUUGCGAACCAAGCUGCUACCGGCCAACUUACGAAAGGAGCUAUCGUCGAAUUAAUCUCGACACCGUUCGGAAAUCCUUUUUUCAGAGACUCGACCAGCCACGGUAUUGUAGGCAACUUGCUCGGAGUCGACGAUUGUCUCAUUCUAGUCGACGUGACUAGUUUCCCUGGAUGCGAAGGCAGCCCUAUAUUCUCAACGAACGAUCGUGGCGAAAGAAGUAUUUGCGGCAUGGUGAUUGCGUCGUUGAUCCAGUGUCGCGGAGAAUGGAUGAACUGCACUUUCGCCGCCAACCUGUUACCAUCGUUGAAACUAAUUCUUCGAGAUCGAGUCUCGAAAGGCGAUUUUCAAUAUUCAUCCUACGCAAUGCCUUUGCCUUGUCGAAUCCCGACUCGAAAGAACAUCCUUGAAAAAUCUGUCGCGAUCGUAAAAUGUGGACCAAACUGGGGCACCGGUACUCUACUGGAUGAACAAAGCGGAACGUUCGUAACGUGCGCACACGUUGUUACAAUGGCGCCGGAAACAACGAUUAAACUUGCAACGUCACACGCCGAUAGAUACGAAUGGUUCGCAGAAGCAAGUUUAAUUUACAAAACGUCAAACGAACAACCUUACGAUGUCGCUGUAUUGAAGAUCGAUCGAAAAUUCAAGGAACAUUCGAUGAAGGCUAUCAAACUUGCCGAUAGAGAUGCGCAGACAGGUGAACAAAUACUUUCUAUAGGAUUUCCAAUCUCUUUGAAAGGACGACCCACCGUUAGUAGCGGAGUGGUAUCAAAGUCGUCGAAACAUAUGCUUCAAACCAAUUGUUGCGUGUACAGUGGCGUCAGCGGCGGGCCCAUUGUUCGACGCGCCAAUUUUGAAAUGUUAGGCAUAGUGGUUUGCAACGUCGCUUUAUCGAACGAUUCUCUUUCAUAUCCACGAUUGUGCAUGGCAAUACCAACUGUUGUUCUAAAAAACCCGCUGGACGAUUAUCUACGAACUGCCGGUACUUUACACAUACGAAUACACGAAUAUUUCCUUCGAUGGCCUUUUUCAAUCGUAAAUCGUGAGAAAAACUAUUGCACAAUUUUCAGAUCCUAAAGCGUUGGAAGGACUGACGCAACACGAUGAAAGCGUUGCAACCACGUGGAAUUUUUGUCCUUUUCUUCUAUCGAACAUG